GGGCAAACUGAGAACAAGAAUCACCAUGAAGUGCUUGAUCGUCCUAAUGGCUUGCCUCAUCCUCUCAGAGGCAGCCAUCAAGGUUCCCCUCAUAAGGGGUAAGUCCAUUAAAGAGCGCAUGAGGGAGAAGGGCAUCCAUCUGCCCUACACUGAUCCAGUCCUUAAAUACCAUCCUGAGAUCCUGGCCACUACCACUAUUGAUUCAUUGACCUUUGCUGGUGCAUACUACUUUGGCGUGAUCAGUGUUGGCACACCACCCCAGUCCUUCCAGGUGCUCUUUGACACAGGCUCUUCCAAUCUGUGGGUUAACUCUGUCUACUGCAGCACUCAGGCAUGCACGUCAAAAACACAGUUCAACCCUCAGCAGUCCUCCACCUUCCAGAGCACCUCCCAAACCUUCUACUUACCCUAUGGAGCUGGAGCUCUUAAUGGUGUCUUUGGUUAUGAUACUAUUACUCUGGCUGGCAUCCAAAUCCCUAAUCAGGAGAUCGGUCUGAGCACUAACGAGCCAAGCCAGCCCUUCCUGCAGGCUCCAUUUGAUGGAAUUCUUGGUCUGGCCUACCCAUCUAUUGCUGUUGGCAAUGUCAUGCCCCUUGUGGAUACCAUGAUGCAACAGGGUCUCCUUCAACAAAACCUGUUUGGAAUCUAUCUGUGCCCAGAGGGAGGCUCUGGCAGUGAGGUGGCUUUCGGUGCUGUGGACACCAACAUGUAUCAGGGUCAGAUCUACUGGACCCCCGUGACAGCUGAGACCUACUGGCAGAUCGGCAUUCAGGAAGUUUCGAUUUCAGGUCAGCAGACUGGCUGGUGCUCUCAGUACGGCGGCUGCCAGGCCAUUGUGGACACUGGUACCCCCAGCCUUACUGUUCCUAGCAACUUCCUGUCCUCACUGAUGCAGUCUAUUGGAGCACAGCAGAAUAGUUAUGGCGAGUACGUUGUGGACUGUAGCCAGGUGAACAAUCUCCCCACUCUGACCUUCACCAUCAGUGGAACGAAUCUCCCUCUGCCUCCUUCUGCCUACGUCCAAAACCAGGGUGGUUACUGCAUCAUUGACAUCACUCCCACCUACCUGCCUUCUCAGAACAACCAGCCCAUCUGGAUCUUUGGCGACGUCUUCCUCAGGGUUUAUUACUCUGUGUAUGACCGUGCCAAUAACCAGGUGGGCUUUGCCCAAGCUGUCUGAACACCACCAUCAACAUUCCAUGGAAAUUUCUAAUAAAAGCUUUGGUCUCCAUAGCAUAAUUAAUACCUGCAUUAAUUCCAUGGAAAUUAAAAAAUCUCUGUGGCAUACUACUUCUUACAGAAAUUUCUUUUUUUUCACUCCCUAUAAUGCCAGUUAUAAGUAAAUUCAAGAUAGUGUUUUAGUGGUAAAUUGUCUUUAAACAAAGAAUAUCUAUUUAUCCCUUUCACUAUAUGUUAAAAUACAAUCCUUUAA